UUGUCUCUUGGCUAUGGAUGUUGUGAUUGUCCGUAGGUGGUAGACGGUUUCUGACUGUCGAACGCGGAUGUCGUAGGCGGAGCCAGAAUGUGUGCAUGUUGCAUGCACACGUGUUCCCUCGCCAGAGUCCGUGUGGCGUCCCCCCUUUCCCAUGUAUCCCCCUAUAGCCCCACAGCCUUCGUGGUAGUUGAAGUAUAAAAAAAGAUAAA